UUUUGUGUGCGAGCUGAGGGCGGCUGGGUGUGAGCGAGGCUCGCGCUCUGUAACUCGGACCGGGAAACACGAGGCCCAGCGACAGCAUGAUGGCGGCCGCCGAUAUUCCCCCAGACCAAGCUGCAGAAUAUGUUCCUGAAAAGGUGAAGAAAGCUGAAAAGAAACUUGAAGACAACCCGUAUGACCUUGACGCAUGGAGCAUUCUUAUUCGCGAGGCACAGAAUCAGCCAAUAGACAAGGCACGGAAGACGUAUGAGCGGCUUGUUACGCAAUUCCCAAGUUCUGGCAGAUUCUGGAAACUGUACAUUGAAGCAGAGAUUAAAGCUAAGAAUUACGACAAGGUUGAAAAGCUGUUUCAGAGAUGUCUCAUGAAAGUCUUACACAUAGAUCUGUGGAAAUGUUAUGUGUCCUACGUUCGCGAAACCAAAGGGAAACUGCCAAGUUACAAGGAGAAGAUGGCACAAGCCUACGACUUUGCUCUUGACAAAAUUGGCAUGGAAAUUAUGUCGUAUCAGAUAUGGGUUGAUUACAUCAAUUUUUUGAAAGGAGUGGAAGCUGUCGGAUCUUAUGCAGAAAACCAGAGAAUUACAGCUGUCCGCAGGGUCUACCAGAGAGGUUGUGUGAAUCCCAUGAUUAACAUUGAACAGCUUUGGAGGGAUUAUAACAAGUAUGAAGAGGGUAUUAACAUUCACCUUGCAAAGAAAAUGAUUGAGGAUCGGAGUAGAGACUAUAUGAAUGCACGGAGGGUGGCAAAGGAAUAUGAAACCGUGAUGAAAGGUUUAGAUCGGAAUGCUCCUUCUGUUCCCCCUCAAAAUACUCCGCAGGAAGCUCAGCAGGUGGAGAUGUGGAAGAAAUAUAUACAGUGGGAAAAGAGUAAUCCCCUCCGCACGGAAGAUCAGACCCUCAUAACAAAGAGAGUAAUGUUUGCCUAUGAACAAUGUCUGCUGGUGUUGGGACAUCAUCCGGACAUCUGGUACGAAGCUGCACAAUACCUGGAACAGUCCAGCAAACUACUGGCUGAAAAGGGGGACAUGAAUAACGCUAAACUAUUCAGCGAUGAAGCUGCAAAUAUCUAUGAACGUGCAAUCAGUACGUUGCUGAAGAAGAACAUGCUGCUCUAUUUUGCCUAUGCUGACUAUGAAGAGAGUCGAAUGAAAUAUGAAAAAACUCACAGUAUCUACAACCGACUUCUCACCAUAGAAGAUAUAGAUCCCACCUUGGUUUAUAUUCAAUAUAUGAAAUUUGCAAGGCGUGCCGAGGGUAUCAAGUCAGGGAGGAUGAUUUUCAAAAAAGCCAGAGAGGAUGUAAGGACCAGGCAUCAUGUUUAUGUUACAGCUGCCUUAAUGGAGUAUUAUUGUAGCAAGGACACUUCAGUGGCCUUCAAAAUAUUUGAGUUGGGACUGAAGAAAUAUGGGGAUAUCCCUGAAUAUGUGCUUGCAUACAUUGAUUAUUUGUCUCAUCUUAAUGAGGACAACAACACAAGAGUAUUAUUUGAACGUGUUUUAACAUCAGGGAGUCUGCCCCCUGAGAAGUCUGGAGAGAUAUGGGCACGUUUCUUGGCCUUUGAAAGCAAUAUUGGUGACUUAGCAAGUAUUCUGAAAGUAGAGAAGAGGAGAUACACGGCCUUCAAAGAGGAGUACGAGGGAAAGGAGACAGCGCUUCUUGUGGAUAGAUAUAAGUUUAUGGAUCUGUACCCCUGCUCGGCAUGUGAAUUAAAAGCUUUGGGCUACAAGGAUGUUUCACGAUCCAAAUUAUCAAACAUGAUCCAAGAGACUGUGGUAACACCAUCAAUCACACCAUCUUUGAAAGAUGAGUUGGAUAGAAAACCAGAGUAUCCCAAACCAGACACUAGCCAGAUGAUCCCUUUCCAGCCGAGACAUUUAGCACCUCCAGGACUUCAUCCAGUCCCAGGAGGAGUAUUUCCUGUCCCACCAGCGGCUGUUAUUUUAAUGAAACUCCUGCCUCCUCCCAUUUGUUACCAGGGUCCCUUUGUGCAGGUGGAUGAACUAAUGGAGGUUUUCAGAAGGUGCAAAAUUCCAGAUACUGCAGAAGAGGCUGUGAGACUCAUAACCGGGGGUCAGGCAGAGCUAAUUGCCGAAGGGAAUGGACCGGUGGAAGCCAACACUAUACUUAAUAAGUCACUAAAAAGACCAAAUGAAGAUUCUGAUGAGGAGGAGGAGAAGGGAUCUGUAGUGCCUCCUGUCCAUGACAUAUACAGAGCUCGGCAACAGAAAAGGAUCCGGUGAAGGAAAUAUCAAGCUUUGGAAAGAAAGAGCAAACAGACUUUUAACAGAACCAUCAUUUUGCCUCCUAAACCUACUGCUUUAAAAGAAAAAAAAACACAAAACUUUUUAUUACAAGCAUUUGGGAGACGAAUAUGUGUACUUGUGGUGCCUCUAUAAUUCAAAAAAGGUUAUUGGUGAAAAAAAAGGAAAUCACUGCAAACACAGGAUUUAAAACAAAGGUUCCAAUUCUACAACAUGAAAACUGUCCGAUAUAAAGGACUGAAUCUAGGACUAUUGGUCUCCCUGGUGAAUCUUUGGUCUUGUUUUCUCUGUGUUUUACAUACAACUGGAAGGCGUACAGGUGUUUAACAGUUUUAUUUUAAAACUGUGUGGCUUAUUAUAGUUUUUUUUAUGUUUAAUAUUCAUGUCAAGGUCAUUCUUAUCUUGUCCACAUGGUCAUUCCUGUAGAAUUCAUUUCACUGGUAGAGGAGUAUCGAAAAGAAAAGUCAUUCAUUCAUUUUUCAUUUUUUAUUUGUUGCCCAAAUAGAGUCGUUCCUGCAAACAGAGCAGUUGAGACUGCGAGUGCGACCUUUUAAUGUCCACAGGGCACUCCACGGCUCUGAACGGGUUAACAUCUUGUUUCUAUUUGUUUUUACAAAAGAGGCUGCUACUUUUAAAAGACACUGUAAAUGUAAAGCAAAUGCAACCAUUGCACACAAAUUCUGUGCUAGACUUGUUUUUUUAUUUUUCCUGCACAAAAAUUGCAAAAUUGGUAUUUAAUCUAGUCACAGCUAGGUUCGCGGUUCAUUUGCAAUUCGUUAGCAUUGUCAGUGCUUCAUGAGUCUGUACAGCAGCCAAACGUGUUUUAUUUUGUUUGUUAGGUGUGUAUUUACUGAACAACGAGUUGUAAUGAGAUGAUCACUAAUGUGCAGAAUUGUGGUCAAAAUAGCUCCUAACUAUCCUAUUUUAUUCCCUAACUUCAGCUGUUAGCUCACCACGGCUCAUUUCAUAUUAUUCACUAAACCGAAGGGAACAAAGUCAUUGUAAAUUUUAAUUUUUAAGUAAAAAUAGCGACCUAGAAACAUCAAA